CAACCACUAAAACUAAUCUCAAUCUAAUUCCUCUCGUUGUCUCACUAAAGAUCAAGAGCCAGAUUAGUUCUAUUCUCUGAUCAGCUUUUGCAGAUGAGAAAAGGUAAAAGAUUUACGUGCAUGAGAAGUUAAUGAUGAUGAUGAUGGCUAUCAUGAUUACUGCAAUAUUAUCGAAGACAAAUUGUUGAGUACUAGUACUACUGUAUAAAAUCAGAAAGUGUUAAUUUAUAUAUGUUUGGCAAAAAGAGGAGGCGCUUGCGUGAAAGUGGCAGUACUGUUGGUGAUUGCAGCUUAAUUUGAAGAUCAAAGACGAGCACGGCAGGGAAGAAGAAUGUCGCAAUUAAUGCCAACACUCAACAAAACAGACGAUGCAAUAGUCUGUUAUGCACCGGCCAUGAUAACAACGAACGGUAUAUGGCAGGGAGAUAACCCAUUGGAUUUCUCACUCCCCCUUUUCGUAUUGCAGCUCACACUGGUCGUUGUUACCACUCGUGUUCUAGUUUUUCUCCUCAAACCCAUUCGCCAACCUCGUGUAGUUUCUGAAAUUCUGGGAGGAGUGAUAUUGGGCCCGUCUGUGCUUGGUAGGAGCUCCCAAUUUGCCAGCACAAUAUUUCCCCUCAGAAGCGUGAUGGUGCUGGAGACAAUGGCGAAUGUGGGUCUCCUUUAUUUUCUUUUCCUGGUAGGAGUAGAGAUGGAUAUGACAGUACUCCGGCGCACAGGAAGAAAGGCCUUGGCUAUUGCUGUUGCUGGUAUGAUUUUGCCUUUCUUUCUUGGCAUUGCCUUCUCCUUCAUUCUGAACCAAAAAGAUGAAGGUAUGUCGCAAGGCACUUUCAUCCUCUUCCUUGGGGUUACCCUCUCUGUCACCGCAUUCCCGGUGCUGGCUCGAGUUCUUGCAGAGCUCAAACUCAUAAACACCGAGAUUGGCCGGAUUGCCUUGUCUUCUGCUCUUGUUAAUGACAUGUGUGCUUGGAUUCUCUUAGCUUUAGCAAUUGCCUUGGCCGAGAACCGAUCUACUACUAUGGCUUCGCUCUGGGUUAUACUUUCAAGCGGGGCGUUCGUUGCGUUCUGCGUUUUUCUUGUCCGUCCUGCAGUCUCGUGGAUAAUUCGGAGAACCCCAGAUGGAGAAAACUUCAGUGACUUUUACAUAUGUUUGAUUUUGACGGGGGUAAUGAUCUCCGGCUUCAUUACAGAUGCCAUCGGAACACAUUCUGUUUUCGGAGCUUUCGUGUUUGGCUUGGUUAUUCCAAACGGACCGCUAGGAACUGCUCUCAUAGAAAAGCUUGAGGACUUUGUUUCGGGACUUUUGCUCCCUCUCUUCUUUGCCAUUAGCGGGCUGAAGACUGAUAUAUCGUCCAUAAAGACAGUAUCCACCUGGGGGUUGCUAGUACUCGUCAUUGCUCUUGCCUGUCUUGGAAAAAUUGCUGGAACUCUCGUUGUUUCGGCGUUCUACCAGAUGCCCAUGCGUGAAGGCAUUACUCUUGGUUUGCUCAUGAACACAAAAGGCCUUGUCGAAAUGAUUGUCCUCAAUGUUGGCAAAGAUCAGGAGGUGUUAGAUGAUCAGGCAUUUGCAAUCAUGGUGAUCGUGGCAGUGAUCAUGACAGGAGUCAUCACUCCCAUUGUAACAAUAAUUUAUAAGCCGGCAAGGAGGUUCAUACCAUACAAGCGGCGUACAAUCCAGAAGUCGAAGACAGAUGCAGAAUUACGAGUGCUAACGUGCAUCCACACCCCACGAAAUGUCCCAACAAUCAUCAAUCUCCUCGAAGCCUCUCACCCCACCAAGAGAUCCCCCAUAUGCAUCUACGUUCUCCACUUGGUCGAGCUCACUGGCCGCGCAUCUGCCAUGCUAAUAGUACAUAACUCCCGGAAAUCUGGACGACCAGCACUCAACAGGACCCAAGCUCAGUCCGACCACAUCAUUCAUGCAUUCGAGAACUAUGAGCAGCAUGCUGGUUGUGUCUCUGUUCAACCCCUCACAGCCAUUUCCCCUUACUCCACCAUGCACGAGGACAUUUGUCAUUUGGCAGAAGAUAAACGAGUCGCCUUCAUAAUCAUCCCUUUCCAUAAACAACAAACCGUUGACGGCGGAAUGGAAACAACAAAUCCCGCCUUUCGAAUGGUGAACCAGAAUGUGCUAGCAAAUGCGCCUUGCUCCGUUGGGGUUCUCGUUGACAGAGGCCUGAACGGCUCCGCACGCUUGUCUGCAAACCAGGUCUCUCACCAAAUAGCUGUGCUGUUCUUUGGCGGACCAGAUGACAGAGAAGCACUGUCCUAUGCAUGGAGGAUGUCCGAGCAUCCGGGAAUUAACCUGACAGUAAUGCGGUUCAUUCCUAGCGAGGAUGCAAAUGAACUAAUUGGGAUUGGUUUCAAUGACCCUGGGAUGUUAACAGUGGAAACCGAGGAUGAAAGAGAGAAGAAACAAGACGAAGAGCUUAUAAACGAUUUCAGGAUGAAAAACAUGAAUGAUGAAUCCAUUGUCUACAUAGAGAAAGUGGUGAACAAUGGGGAGGAGACUGUGGCGCUGAUAAGGUCGAUGGACAACGCGCAUGAUCUGUUCAUAGUUGGGAGAGGACAAGGAAUGGUAUCGCCCCUCACGGCGGGGUUAACCGACUGGAGUGAAUGCCCGGAACUGGGUGCAAUAGGGGAUUUGCUUGCUUCAGCAGACUUCGCAGCCACUGUAUCAGUAUUGGUAGUGCAACAGUAUAUUGGGAUGGGGCCGCAAGGGGAGGCGCUUGGGACGCCUGAUAGCGGAGGUCAGCAGAAUCAGCAAUUCAACAACAUCCUGCACAUGAAUCGGCAGCAACGUGGUUAUGAUAUUAGCCCAUAGACACUUGCCGGUCAGAAGCUGCAUUUGGUGCCUGAUCAAUAACUCCUAGCUAGAAAAAAAA